AUAAAUACUAACUACAACAAAUGCAACAAAUUUCACCACAUAUAUUCUACUAUUAGGCAGACGAUGUUUCUCUUUUUGUUCACCACGUGCAGAAUGAUCGCUUUAGUUCCCCCCCACUAUGCACUUCGCCGCUGAUGAAUUUAGAACGCGGUUUAUAGGCUGCUGUAGUGGAUAGAAUCCUAGUAUGACAAGGUACAAUGGACAAAGGCAUUAACCCUACAAAUCUGUUUUUCUUCACUGUCAAACAAAGCUCAUGUCGGUCUAUUUUGCUGCACAUCCUCUCCGACUUAAUGACACUACGAGAGCAUUUCGGGUACCUGAACGGCCUUAAGUACGCAUGGAUAGGCUCAGCUUGCCCUGCAUUGAACACUUGCUUGGCAGUGGCCCCUCUUCUAGGAAUUGAUGUUAACUACCUCUGUCGAUGCGGUGGCGAACCACUUACUCCCUCAAACCUCAAGGAGCUUCAGGAUACUGACAUUCCUCAGUAUACGGCCAAAAUACAUGAAGCUGCUAGUUUGGAACAAGCACUUUCAGACGCCAACGUAGUUUCGAUAAAUAAUCCAGUGAAGGUCGAUAUUCCUAUGAUAAUGAAAACUCAAAUUGACAAGCUGGCUCACGAAAACUGGGUGUUUUUUCAUCUUUUUCCGAGAAAACCUGAUGAAGUAGACGAAGAAAUAUUUAUCAAUGACAAAAAUUUGGUAUGGAAAUCUUUUGCCAAUUCAAAAUGGAUAUGUGCGGCAAUUGUGCACUAUUUGUUGAACAGCGCUGUAACAUAUAAUGUAAAUAAUGUUUAAGGAAAGUGAAGAUAUAAACUUAAAAU